CGUUCAUCUUACUCUAUAAAAUCAAAACCUCUCGGAAAACAUUGAACAUAAAACCUCUUCCAUCUUUCCUCAGUUCUUCUAACCAAUCCGAACCCGAAAAAUGGAAAAGGAGCGACCCGCAUGGAGACCCGACCCGUUUCACGCACGACCGCCGCCGCCGCCGUCGGAGACGCCGCGCGACCCCAUGGAGUUCCUUUCCCGGUCGUGGAGCGCCUCGGCCCUCGAAGUAUCCAAGGCACUCGCAUCUCAGCAACAACUUCCACCUUCUUCCAACAACGUUAGCAUCGUUUGUUAUAAUAAUAAUUCUAAUGCGUCUAUAAUACUCGAAGACAUAGCUGGUGAAGUGGAAGAGUCUGCUGCAACUGUUUCUGGCAACCCUUUCUCCUUCGCUUCUUCUGAAACCUCUCAGAUGAUCAUGGACCGCAUCAUGUCCCACUCCUUUGGUCAGCAGGAGGUAUCACCACGCACCUCAGGAAGACUCUCUCACAGCAGUGGCCCUCUUAAUGGCUCCCUAACAGAUAGCCCUCCGGUUUCUCCUUCUGAAAUUGACGAUUUCAAGUAUAACCGUUCCAACAACAACCACAACACUGUCAACAUGAUCACCGGCUUGAAUGGUCAAUACUGGGGUGCCGGCGGCGCGGCGACGACCGCCGGUGGUGGCAAGACGGUGGGGAGGUGGCUGAAGGACAGGAAGGAGAAGAAGAAGGAGGAAACUAGGGCCCACAAUGCUCAGCUCCACGCGGCGGUUUCGGUUGCCGGGGUCGCCGCCGCGAUGGCCGCCAUCGCCGCCGCCACGGCUGCCUCGUCGGGCUCCAGGAAGGACGAGCAGAUGGCGAAGACCGACAUGGCGGUGGCGUCAGCAGCGACGCUGGUGGCGGCCCAGUGUGUGGAGGCUGCCGAGGCCAUGGGGGCCGAGCGCGACCACCUGGCCUCGGUGGUCAGCUCCGCCGUGAAUGUGAGGUCCGCCGGUGACAUCACGACGUUGACGGCAGCUGCGGCCACAGCUUUACGUGGGGCUGCCACGUUGAAAGCAAGGGUCCUUAAGGAGGUUUGGAACAUAGCAGCUGUGAUUCCUGUGGAGAAGAAUUUGGGCAGUGGCAGUGGUGGCGGCGAUAAUGGUAAUGGUAGCAAUGGUAGCUCUAAUAGUAGCUUCAGUGGUGAAAUUGUACCAGAAGAAAAUUUCUUGGGGAUUUGUAGCAGAGAAUUGCUAGCCAGAGGUUGUGAACUUCUCAAGCGCACACGCACUGGUGAACUGCAUUGGAAAAUUGUAUCUGUUUACAUAAACAGGAUGAAUCAGGUUAUGGUGAAGAUGAAGAGCAGGCACGUUGCUGGGACCAUCACAAAAAAGAAAAAGAAUGUGGUGCUUGGAGUGAUCAAAGAUAUGCCUGCUUGGCCUGGACGCCACUUGCUUGAAGGUGGUGAGAACCGUCGCUACUUUGGUUUGAAAACAGUGAUGCGUGGUGUUGUGGAAUUUGAGUGCAGAAAUCAAAGAGAGUAUGAUGUGUGGACUCAAGGUGUGUCAAGGCUUCUAUCUAUUGCUGCAGAGAGGAACAACAGAAACAGAAUAUAAAUAUAUAAUGAAAAAUUAUUGAGGAGAUGGUAGUAAUUAAGUAUGAUAUGAUAUAAUUAAUUAAUGAACAUGGUAGUAGAUCUUUUGAUACAUGGUGGGGUUGGUGGGGUUUUAAUCCAAAUGUAAAAAUGGGUAAAUUAAAUUGAAGUUCUUCUAGUUAUGCCAUAUGGGGGUUUCUUUUCUUUUCGUACUUUCUUUUUAAUCUUGGGGGACACAUGGAUAUUUUCAUGUAUUUUUUUGAAUGGGAAAGUAAAGUCAUUUGAACCAAAGUGAGUGAAAAAUCAUGGGAACCUUGGUGUUGUUCUUUCUUUUGCUGAUUUGGAAAGAAAAAAGCGUAUGUAUGUUGGACCGGGGCAGUCAAAAGAGAAGAAAACAAAAAAAAGAAUGAGUGAAGGAAGUGUAGUAUUGAAGAUAAAGACAAAGGGUGAUCUAUGUGCUUUUAUUUAUACAUGUUGAUUUAGGCUUUCCCUGAUUGGAUCCCAAGAAAUAGUUUAAGGUUUAUGAGCUAGAGCCAUCAUUGUUUUGGAUUAUAUUCUUUCACUUGUGUAUUUUUUUUGUUAAGUAAAGUGCUGAACAAAUAUAUAAUAUCAUAUUCAUAUGCCUCGGCAAAUAUAGCUGAGAGCGACGUAACAUGUAAAUAAUUAGUAACUUUACUUAAGAUGGGGUAAAUAUUAAAAAUUUAAAAGGUCUUCUAUA